AUGGAGCCUUGCGAAAGUGCAUUGAAAUAUGAGCUGCUAACUGAGAUUGGACAGGGCGCGUACAGCCAGGUGUACUUGGCCAGGGAGGAGGGAGUGAGAGGGCGUUUCCUGGCGGUGAAGAAAUUCCACUUCUGCAGCAACUCGGCGUUGGGCGGCGCCCCUGGCGUCCCUCCCUUCGUGCUGCGUGAGGUGGCGUUGCUGUUAAAAUUGAGAUUCUUCGAACACGUCAACAUUGUCAAGUUGUUGGAUGUGACAGCCAUGCUGGCUAACAUGACAUUGGACCUCACAGUGGUGUUGGAGUAUAUUCAGCAAGACCUGUAUACAUACCUGUCCAGAGCACCUCCGUCUGGACUUCAACCGGACAACAUUAAGUCCGUGAUAAUGCAAGUGUUGCGCGGCCUGGACUUCAUGCAUGUCAAUAUGGUGGUGCACCGUGACCUCAAGCCAGACAACAUCCUGAUCAGCAGCGGCGGCAUCGUCAAGAUCGCCGACUUUGGCCUGGCUCGCUUGUACAGCUUCAACAUGGCCCUCACGCCAGGCGUUGUCACACUGUGGUACAGAGCUCCAGAAGUACUGCUUAACUCCGUUUACCUGUCAUCUGUGGACGUGUGGAGCGCAGGAUGCAUCUUUGCUGAGCUCUUCCAGCUCAAGCCGCUCUUCGGAGGGUUUACUGAGGCACAGCAGCUGAAAAUGAUCUUUGAGUUCAUUGGUUUGCCCGGAGAUGACGAGUGGCCCCCGAACAGCCCCAUCAGUUACUCUCUCUCCCUCGGCCCCAAGGACCCCCAUCACCCACUGCUGUCAAGCCUGAAUCCGAAGGAGAGAGACCUUCUUCUGCAAUGUUUGACCUUCACACCGAGCAGACGCAUCUCGGCCGCAGGUGCACUGGCUCAUCCCUUCUUCAGCUGCCACUGA